UCUUGCCUCAAAUCACAGAUUGUCAUUGCCAACCGAUCGACACCUGUCAACAACCCCACCAGAACCCGGCUCCCAAGAACAUCCAUCAACCCCCACCCCCAACAAUAUGGCUUCUCCCCUCGUCGUCGGUCUCAGUCUUCUUGGUGCCGGUCUUGCUGGCCGUGUAGGCUAUCAAAUGAUGCGGGCUUCCAGCGGAGGCGCCAAGGAGUUCUUGAAGGGAGGAUUCAAAGGCAAAAUGGACAGGUCAGAAGCGCUGCAAGUGCUCGGACUGAGAGAGCCUUUGACUUCCAACAAGCUCAAGGAUGCCCAUCGUCAGCUCAUGCUUGCGAACCAUCCUGAUCGAGGAGGUGCCCCUUACCUUGCUGGUAAAGUGAACGAGGCGAAGGCUUUGCUUGACAAGGAGGUCUCGAGGAGAUAGCGAUGACCGAAGAACUGGAGAUUUCUGUCAGGGAGGUAUAGGACACUUGUAUAAUUACGUCAUUUGGGAUAGCUUUCUACAGGCUUCCAGCAUUGCAUGCACUACUCUGUACAAGCAGGCUCGCCAGCCUCGCCGAAGGUACUACCGACAUGAUCGCGAGGAUUAAUGGUUGCACUUUGUCCUCGUAAUACAAUGC